GCCGAUUGGGAUCCAACAGGCGGCUUGGGGACCGGUUGCUCCGGCCACUUGGAGCCCCGGGGGUCCCUCCUUCCUUCCCUCCUUCCCUCCCUCCCCUCCAUCUCCCCUCCAUCCAUCCAUCUAUCCUUCCUCCCUCUCUCCUCCUCCUCCUCCUCCCUCUCUUCCCUCCUCCAGAGCGCUAAUCAUCUUGUUAUUUCGCGAUCACGACUCAGCGCGCGGCUCCUUCGCUCGCCUCCUCCUCGCUCCAACUCUGCCUGUUGGAUGCGCUCUUUAGCUCCUGAGCCUCUCCAGACGGGGUGCCGGCUGCUUCUCCCCCCUGCGCAACAGGGCUGCAGGAGAGAGGGACCCAGAAUGGCCAGGAUUUCUGCCCCCCUUCCUCCUCUUUUUUUAAUGAUAAAAAAUUAAACCCCCUCUGAAAACCAAGAUCGCCUGCCUGGCUUUGGGAGACGCGAAGAAGUGAGAUUUCAUUUGUGGGGGGCAUUCAUUUUUUGCUCCCGACCAGCUCAGGCAGAGGAGCGGAUGAAGUUCCUUGGGCUGCCUGCUCCGGAGGGAGGCUGCCUCUUCGUGGCUGGGACCACCCGGGACCCCCUCGCGGGACACCGAGGAUCCGAGGACGGGGGUCUCUCCCUAUCGCCUCCUCCAUCACUCCUGCCCUGGGCCGCCAUCCUCCUCCUCCUCCUCUUCUUCCAACAUCGCCCAAGCUGGAUUCUGAUGGAAUUAAAAAGAUGUUCGUGUCCAGCCUCCUGGAUUUCCAGAAGACCAGAUACGCCAGGUAAACGUCUCCUCGGGAGUAAGCCCUGCUAGGUGCAAGGCGCUGGCUCCCCUGUAAGGGAGAAAUGCGGUCUUAGCUUUGACUUCUCGGUGAGGUCUCUCUUUCUUGCAAUCCCAAGAAUCUUUGCUCAGAAGUAAGUCACCCUCUCCUCAAUUUAAUACGUAUUAUUAUAUAAUACGUAUUAUUAUAUAAUAAAACAUUUAUAUACCGCUAUUUAUUUAUUUUUAAACCCUAAAACAACCACAGCGGUUUACAAUGAUAGCACAUCAAACAUACAUAAACCCAGCAGGACUUCCUGGUAGAUGCUCUUAGGAUGGCUGUCUUAGAGAGCAUUAGAGGAACGUCGGGUUAUAUUGAUGGAGUUGUUUUCUGCAGAACAGCCUUGCAAGGUAGGCUAGCAUAUGUCCUUGAUGACACAGGUGUGCUGAGAGAAGGGCUUGGAUAGAGCUGCCUGGUAGGGGGGCUAGAUGAUGCUAAGUCAGGGGUGAAACUAGGCUUUAUUUCAACCGGGUCAAAGACCCAGUUUGACAUACCCUCCACCUGUAUUCGCAUACAUACACACACAGGCUGGGAGCCUCAGCAGUGCCACUCUAGAGGCUUCACUGGGGCAAAAAACCCAGCUAGCCUCCCCCGCCCCCGCAGCUCUGGCUCUGGCUAAGUGCGUGUGUUUGGGGGUUGCAGCACUUCUGCAACUUUUAAUAGUUCUGUAACGGGGAGUGUUGCUAGGCACGGCAUCCAACAUCUCCUUAAAAGCUGCCAGCAAAGGAGAGCUGAUCGCCUCCCAAGGCAAGGCCUUUCCACCAUCAAACAGUAAUAAUAAUAAUAAUAAUAAUAUAUUUAUACCCCGCCCAUCUGGCUGGGUUUCCCCAGCCAUUCUGGGCGGCUCCGAACAGAAUAUUAAUAUUAAUACAGUGGUACCUCAGGUUAAAAACUUAAUUCAUUCUGGAGGUCCGUUGUUAACCUGAAACUGUUCUUAACCUGAGGUACCACUUUAGCUAAUGGGGCCUCCUGCUGCCGCCGCACGAUUUUUAUUCUCAUUCUGAAGCAAAGUUCUUAAUCGGAGGUACUAUUUCUGGGUUAGCGGAGUCUGUAACCUGAAGCAUCUGUAACCCAAGGUACCACUGUAAUAAUAAUAAUAAUAAUAAUAAUAAUAAUAAUAAAGUGAUAAAACAUGAAACAUUAAAAACUUCCCUAAACAGGGCUUCCCUAAACAGUACUUGCCAUUCGCAAGUGCCACCCCCCCCGGUGUUUAGCUAAAAUCUGCUUCCCAUCGAUCUCUGCCUCUCGGCUCUAGGCCUGUCCUCUGGAGCGACAGAGAAAAAGCCUGCUUCAUCCUCCAUGUACAUCUGUAGAGGUGAGUCAGAUGUGGCACAAUGAAAGUUUAUUAAAAAAAAUUUUUUGCCUAGCAUGGAGAAAAUGGAUAGAGAAAAGCCCCCCACCCCAUAUAACACUGGAACUCGUAGGCAUUCAAUGAAGCCGAAAGUUGGAAGGACAGAUAAAAAGAAAGCUCCUUUUCAUGCAGCACAGUGUUAAACUUUGGAACUCCUUGCUGCAGGAAGCAGUGAUGAACUAGGAUGGAUUUAAAAGAGAGUUAGACAUGGAGGAGGGUAAAGCUAUCAAUGACUGCUAGCUAUGGCUAUGCCCUGGAAGCAGCAAUGUUUUCAAAUACCAGCUGGGGGAAACCACACGUGGGGAGAGGGCUGUUGAUCUCAGCUCCAGCUUGUGGGUUUCUCACUGGGCCAUCUGAUUGGCCACAGGUUCAUAAAAUCGUAGAGUUGGAAGGGAUCCCGCGAGUCAUCUAGUCCACCCACCGCCGUGCAGGAAUCUCAACUAAAGCAUCCAAGACCAUCCAACCUCUCCAUAGAAACCUCCAGUGAUGUUGCAGUAGAUGGGCCGUUGGCCGGAUCCUGCAGGUGCUGUUUGCAUGUUCGUUGGGGGAGACACUUGGGCUCAUAGUAGCCAUCAUUCGUGUGACUGGUGAGGCUGAAUGCUAUAAUAAUAAUAAUAAUAAUAAUAAUAAUAAUAAUAUUUAUACCCCGCCCAUCUGGCUGGGUUUCCCCAGCCACUCUGGGUGGCUUCCAACUGAACAUUAAAAACAAUACAGCAUCAGACAUUAAAAACUUCCCUAAACAGGGUCGCCUUCAGCGGUCUUUUAAAAGUAAAAUAGUUGCUUAUUGCCUUGACAUCUGCUGGGAGGGCGUUCCACAGGGCAGGCACCACUACCGAGAAGGCCCUCUGCCAGGUUCCCUGUAUCCUCACUUCUCGCAGGGAGGGAACCACCAGAAGGCCCUCGGAGCUGGACCUCAGUGUCUGGGCAGAACGAUGGGGGUGGAGACACUCCUUCAGGUAUACUGGACCGAGGCCGUUUAGGGCUUUCAAGGUCAGCACCAACACUUUGAAUUGUGCUCGGAAACGUAUUGGGAGCCAAUGCAGAUCUCUCAGGACCAGUGUUAUAUGGUUCCGGCGGCCACUCCCAGUCACCAGUCUAGCUGCCGCAUUCUGGAUUAGUUGUAGUUUCCGGGUCACCUUCAAAGGUAGCCCCACGUAGAGCGCAUUGCAGUAGUCCAAGCGAGAGAUAACUAGAGCAUGCACCACUCUGGUGAGACAGUCCGCGGGCAGGGAGGGUCUCAGCCUGCGUACCAGAUGGAGCUGGUAGACAACUGCCCUGGACACAGAAUUGACCUGCGCCUCCAUGGACAGCAGUGAGUCCAAAAUGACUCCCAGGCUGCACACCUGGUCCUUCAGGGGCACAGUGAGGCAUGUCUGUCAGGUUGUUCUGCUGGGGAUUUGGGUGUGCAGAUCUGGCACAAUCUCUGUGGCUAGCAGAGAUGUCUCGUGUGGCUUAGAAACUGUGUACAGAAGCUGGGAGGGUGGCCACAAGCCCCACUCGGCAAACUGCCCUCUCCACCCCUGAAGAGAAGAGAUGCCCUGCUGAUCCCACCCUGCCUUGGGAAACAGAAGGGUCCUUUGGGCUGAUCCAGCAGGUUUUGGUCUCACGUAGGAGAAAAGAGAAUUUCGAUUAAGUAAGUGUAGCUUUCAUGGAGCAGGAAGUUGUUGCACUUCCUGGACUCCUGCGCCGCAGUUGAACAGAAAGUGAUUUGAGGCACCCGAGAUAGACCCACGCAGAUUUCUGACUCAGUUUUCAAACAAUGACAUACCCACCCUCCCUUGCAAGUAUAUGGCUGAAAUGAAGAAACCUGCAGGGCAGGGCUUCACCAGGUGUGAGCUUACAUGUGAAAGGACUCUGAGCUCUGUUUGGUCCUGGUAUUCAUUGCAACAAAUUCCUGGGCUCAGAAUUACAUAAUUUUAAGUUUGGCGCUCCGGUUGCUGGAUGUCAAGACUUCUGGUGAAAAACAAACUAGAUCCCAGAAGCCCAGAUCUCAGAAAUCUUGCACCCGCCCCACAAAAGAUCCAGGAUUCUUCAUUUCCACUUGUUCAGCUCAACCCCCAAAUCUCCCUCUUCUGAGCACAGGCUGCUUCCAGGGAGAACCUCAUGGAGCUAAAUUGCAUUUUCUCUACGGUGCUUUGCAGCUGGCGGACUGUGAUUCAAUAGCCAGAAAUGUGAUUGAUUAUCCAGGCAGCCCCCUGGUGGUUCCCUGUGGGGUGGGGUGUCUUCCACACACCCCUUGGAAGUUGUUUCAUCAUACGACUUGCAGCAAGUAACUUUGCAUGAACUUAUAGAAUAGUUAAGAGUUUGUGCGAUAUUUGAAAGGUUAUUGUAAGCAAUUAACAUCGCUAGCAGGGUUGUCUGCAGACUUGUAAUGAGAAUUUUUCUAUCUUUCUAUAUUUAUUUAAAUCUUGAGCCAUUUUGUAAUGAGUGUAAUUAGAAUUGGAAAACGUAUAACUUGCAAUGAUAUAAAGGUUAAUUUCAAAAGCCAUGAGGCGGGAGGGAAGGAAGUCGAUAGGCUCUAAAGAGUCAGGGCAGUAAAGUGAAGAAUGAUGAUGUGAAUGUAUAAUAUUAAAUGGAAAACAAAUAAAAAUUGUGUGUGUGUUUGAGAGAGAGUGAGAGAGAGAGAGAGAGAGAGAGAAUGUGUGUGUGUGUGUGUGUGUGUGAGAGAGAGAGAGAGAGAGAGAGAGAGAGAGAGAGAGAGAGAGGUGUGUGUGUGUGUGUGUGUGAGAGAGAGAGAGAGAGAGAGAGAGAGAGUGUGUGUGUGUGUGUGUGUGUGUGUGUGUGAGAGAGAGAGAGAGAGAGAGAGAGAGAGAGAGAAUGUGUGUGUGUGUGUGUGUGUGAGAGAGAGAGAGAGAAUGUGUGUGUGUGUGUGUGUGAGAGAGAGAGAGAGAGAGAGAGAGAGAGAAUGUGUGUGUGUGUGAGAGAGAGAGAGAGAGAGAGAGAGAGAGAAUGUGUGUGUGUGUGUGUGUGUGUGAGAGAGAGAGAGAGAGAGAGAGAAUGUGUGUGAAUAUGUGUGUGUGUGUGUGUGUGUGUAUGAGUUGGAAGGGACCCCAAGGGCCAUCUAGUCCAACCCUCUACAAUGAAGGAAUCAUUUUUUUAAAAAAUAUCAUUAUGAGGCAACUGCAAGCUAACCACCCUGCCCUAGUCCUCAGCCGCUGGUCGUCCUAGUGCCUGCUCCAGAACUGAGGCAAGGUGGCCCCCAUCCUCCAUCUUUGCCAUGGUCAGCAGUGCCCAUUUGCCUGCUCCUUCCUGGUCAGUUGCCCAGUUUGGUCGGAGUCCCAUUGUUGAGCAACAGUGUUCAGAGCUCGGUGGAGUGUGAGGCCAAACAAGCAGAAGAUAAGAGUCUCUGAGACAGGCUUGGCAGAGUCCGUAUCCGAAGUCAGGUCCGUUCUGAGGGUCAGGCAAACAGCAAUCUACGUAGUCAGGUGGCCAGGGAAUCCGAUGAUCACAAAGCCAAAGGUCCAAAUGGAGAACAGGAAACAGCAAGGUGGGACCGGGAACCAUAGAUGUUGUUUCCAGCAUCUGACUGCUGCUGAGAGCUCUGUUUCAGAAGACUGAAGCCAGUGGGUUCCCAUUUCCUCCCUGUCACUGAAGGCUGGUGAGCCGCAGGUGGAGUCACUCUGUCUUCCUCUUCAGGCCAGGUUGACUCUUGGCCCAUGACAAGUUUGCUCCCAGCAGGAGUGGGAAAGCGUCGCCGCUCUUUCUCCAGCCUCUUGCAAUCAGAGCUGCCAGGUCAUGAUCAUCCCAGACUCUGAGACUUCAGGGCCCAAACCUGAGACCUAGGGGCAGACCCUGAUCUCACAGGGAUGCGUCCUGGAGACGGAAGUUAAUUGGGAGCAGGGCAGGUACCCCCACCCUGAGCACCUAUGCUAUAAUUUGAAGCCAGAUCCUGCUGGACUGGAGUUUGCAAGCUGCAUGCACAGUCUUCUUAAUUAUUUGAUGGUGAUGGAAGGCACUCUUGCCCACCCAGAGAUUCGAGCCCUCCCUGUAAGGGGUCAGGCAAACUUGGAGACUUCGGGUCAGGCCCAAAGGUUUGGCAACCAUCCUUGCCGCUCCUCUGUUGCUUGAAGAGGGCAGCUGAACAGGUGCUGAAAUAUGAACCUUGGCAGCUGCCCUGGUUUCUGGGUAAUCCCCUUUCAGGAGUGGAAGAAAUAUUUAGCUGGUUCCUCCCAGCUUUGAAGUGCGGUUUCCGAGUUGCAAGUAGUCACAUUCCCAUUUUACGCUGCACUUCCCGGCCUGGAAAAGACUCUGUAUUCAAGUGAUUACUGGGGGAGGAAAUACAUGUAUGUAUUAUGGGGGAGCCAGUGAAGUAGUUUGCAAUCAGAGAUUUGCCUCUCUCUCCCCCCCCCCCCUCUCUCUCACACACACAGAGCCAGUGUGGUUUAGUGGUUAACAGCGGCAGAUUCGUAAUCUGGUGAACCGGGUUCGCUUCCCCGCUCCUCCACAUGCAGCUGCUGGGUGCCCUUGGGCUAGUCAUACUUCUCUGAAGUCUCUCAGCCUCACUCACCUCACAGAGUGUUUCUUGUGGGGGAAGAAGGGAAAGGAGAUUGUGAGCCGCUUUGAGACUCCUUAGGGUAGUGAUGCAGGUGGCGCUGUGGUCCAAACCACUGAGCUUCUUGGGCUUGCUGAUCAGAAGGUCGGCAGUUCAAAUCCAAGCAACGGGGUGAGCUCCCAUUGUUUGGUCCCUGUUCCUGCCCACCUAGCAGUUCAAAAGCACUUCAAAGUGCAAGUAGAUAAAUAGGUACCGCUCCUGCCAGAAGGUAAACGGUGUUUCUGCGCGCUGCUCUGGUUCACCAGAAGUGGCUUAGUCAUGCUGGCCACAUGACCCGGAAGCUGUCUGUGGAUAAACGCCGGCUCCCUUGGCCAGUAAAGUGAGAUGAGCACCACAACCCCAGAGUCGUCUGCAACUGGACUUAACAGUCAGGGGUACCUUUACCUUUACCUUUAGGGUAGUGAUAAAGUGGGAUAUCAAAUCCAAACUCUUCUUCUCUUCUUCUUCAGUUGUCUUGCCUAGCAAUGGACUGGAUGGGAGCCAACAAACUGUAGCUCAGUCCAGAUAAUACUGAGACACUGUAGUGGGCAGUUCCCUAAAUCAGAUGGACGGGAAGUUGCCUGCUCCUGAGAGGGGUCUUCUCAGGGGUCCCUCGUAGCCGAGUAAGAUUGUCUUCCAUAAACACGGUUUUAACAAUGAGUCCGUAAGUGACUGUGGAGGCCUAUUCUGGAUCCUUCCACAGUGGGGACAUUGGUUUCCGGGCGGGAGUUGAUCACGGUGUGGAUUUGCCAAGCGUGCCUUCCUCUUAGCACAUUUCUCCCUUGUGUCCUGAGUUCGAGUGUCUUCAAAGCCCAGGACAUUUUUGGUAAAGGCUGUUCUCCAACUGGAGUGCUCACAGGCACAUGUUUCCCAAUUGUUGGUGUUUAUACAACAUUUUUAAAGAUUUUCCUUGAGACAGUCUUUAAACCUCUUUUGUUGAUCACCAGCAUUACGCUUUCCAUUUUUAAGUUCAGAAUAGAGUAGCUGCUUUGGAAGACGAUCAUUGGGCAUCCGCACAGCAGGCCAGUCCAAUGAAGUUGAUGUUGAACAAUCAUUGCUUCAACACUGGUGAUCUUUGCUUCUUCCAGUACACUGAUAUUAGUUCGCCAAGUGAUGUGUAAAAUUUUUUGGAGACACCGUUGAUGGAAUCUUCCAAGGAGUUGGAGAUGGCGUUUAUAAGUGGUCCAUGUUUCACAAGCAGACAGUAAGGUUGGUAGUACAAUAGCUUUGUAAACAAGCAUUUUGCUUCCCCUGCAAACGUCCUGGUCCUCAAACAUUCUGCGCUUCAAACAGGAGAAAGCCGCACUAGCAGAGCUCAGGCGAUUACCUCUGAAGGAGUGGUUACGUAGCUUGGGGUACGUCUAUGCUGCCGCCUGAGGCACAGGUGGCCUCAGAGGUGCCUUCCAUCAGCUUGGGCUGGUGGCCCAGCUGCACCCCUCUCUGGACAGAGAUAAAUAGUUUUACUUCUGUUGUCUAUGUCCUGCUAACCUCUAGGUUAGAUUACUGCAACACAUGUGGGGCUGCUUCUGGAGACGGUUCAGCUGGUUCAGAAUUUGGCAGCCAGGUUGCUAACUGAGGCAAGAUGGUUUACAUCCAUCCUGGCCCAACCACACUGGCUGCCAAUCAGUUUCUGGGCCCAGUUCAAAGCCUUAAAUGGCUCAGGACUACAACACCGCAAGGGCUGUCUCUCCCCGUAUGCUGACUCUGUGAUCACCAUCUGAGGCCCUUCUUCGUGUGUGUCCUCCGCAGGAGGUCCGGAGAGUGUCAACACGAGAACAGGGCCUUUUCUGCAGUGGCUCCCCAUUUGUGGAACAUUCUCUCCAGGGAGGUUCUUCAACCAGGCUUUGGACUGGUUAACAUUCUAUUCAAUAUCAAUCUAUAUAUAGAUACAAUAUAUUAGCAGCAGUUCAGGAUACACCUCAGCAACCAGUUGCUGGAGACUGAGGGAGGUGAGACAGUGCUCUUGAACUCGAGUCCUGCUUCUGUGUUUCCCACUAGGGCAUCUGUCUGGCCAUAAGAGGGUGCUGGACUAGAUAGACUGUUGGCUUGAUCCAGCAGGCUCUUUUUAUGAUUUGUUUUCACUUCUUGAGUCUGUUCCCCUUCAUCUACCUCCUUCUCAAAAUCCACUGUCCAGAACUGGACCCACAAGAGCUGACUAGGGCAGCAUAAAAUGGAAAUGUGACUACUUGCAACUUGGAAAGUGCAGCUCUGCUUUCCAGGGAGAGGGAGCAGGAAAUGCGUUUGUCUGUCCCUGGGAAAUGGGGGCAGUUGGGGAACAAGUAAAAGCGCCUGUUUGUCCAGAUCAUGUAACUUGGUGGCCUCUGACGAAGCUUAUCCUCCGAUUAAGACAGAGGGAGCUUUGGGGUUAAACGGGGUCAGGUUAUUCUUGGCUGGCAUUGGUAUGAGUGACCUGAAAACUUGACCCGACCAGGUUUCCUGUGAGCCUCUGGACUCAAUUCUCUGGACUCGUUCUGUGCCUACCGUGAAGGUGCAGCCAAGUGGAUUAUAACCAGGUCACCAGGCGAAUGCCGCUAGAGUGAGAAAGCUGAAGUGGUGCCAGGCUGCGUACGGGCCUCCCAGGACUAAAACGAUGGUGCCAUGGUGUGUGAUUGGAGCACCACACCUCUGGGUAGCAGCAGUCAAGCUUAGGGGGGUGCAGGGCUUCCUCACCGAUCUUCCGUACACACCUCUCGCUUUUGCAGCAAAAGUCAUGAGGGCCUCCAAAAUUUGCAACAGUCUCAUAGGUGAUAACAAAGAAUGAGUGUCAACUGUAACUGCCUCUAUUUUGACAUUCAGUUUGGCUGUGUGCGACUUUCAAACAAACUGCAGAACAAAAUACUGUAGAGAUCUUACUAUAUAAUAAUAAUGUAAGGUUGUCAUCACACUGCAAUUCACAUUGCUGCCAACAGGUGCUGCUGCAAACCACAGCAAGAACAGCAGCAGUGCAGGGCAAUGAGAUGGAGAUGGGGCAGAAGGCAGGCAGGACAGGGGGCCCAGAAGAGCAGGCAAGCAGGUGGGUGACCCAAGCAGGCAGGCAAGUGAACAAGCAAGUGGGCAGCCUAGGUGAGCAGUCUAGGGGGAGGGCAGCCCAGGUGAGCUGCAGAGAAACAGCCAGGACAGGACAGGCCUGCUCACCAGCAACUAUCCUGCCCUACUGCUGCUCCAUCCCUUUUCCUCACCCUCUGCAGCUGAGGCCGAAACAGUUGCAUUGAUGAGACACAGGUGAUAUUCAGAGGGGAGCAGGGGGCGUGAUUUGGGUGAGCUGUAAGGUGAGGUCCGAUGGGAGGCAGGGAUGGGCCAGGAAAUUUUGCUGCUUGAGGGAAAACAGUUAAUGAUGCCCCCUCUGCUGCCGCUGCUUCUGCCACACUUCCCUCACCACCAAUGGAGGCGACUGGAGGCAGCCCAGAGGAGCACUGAAGGCAGUGAGGGGGAAAGAGGCCAGAGAGGAGGAAGAGGAGGAGGAAGAGAAGGAGAGCAACAAGCAAAGGAGGCCACCCCUUUCAGCUGUCCCCAGACUGCUACCUGAGGCAACUGCCUCACUACGUCUCAUUGGCAGGGCCGGAUAUAGAUUUGAUGAGGCCUUAAGCUACUGAAGGUAAUGGGGCCCUUUCUAUGUCCAGCUGUCCUUUGCCAACAACAAAUUGUCGCUGUUUUUUGUGUUGAAUAUAUGCUAUUUGGUAAUUUAUGGACCUAAUAGGUAUCUAAAGUCAUUUGCACAUGUGGCCAUGCAACAAGUCCAUGCAGAGUGUAGGUAUCCUAUAUAUAGAAAGGAGCAAACCAGUGAUGUUAAUAAUAAUAAUAAAAUUUUAUUUAUAUCCCGCCCUCCCCAGCUGAAGCUGGGCUCAGAGCGGCUAACAACAGUAGAAGUAACACAGUUUACAUAAAAUCACAAUCAGUUAAUUGAAAUACAUUCUAAAAUCAAUUCAUUCUAAAAUCAAUUCAGAAUCAAAUUAAUGGCAACCAUUGGGCUAGCGUUCUGUGGGGAUUACCAAAGGAGAGGGUCAGACUGUGCCUUGGCCAAAGGCCUGGUGGAACAGCUCGGUCUUAAAGACCCUGCGGAAAGAUGUCAAGUCCCACAGGGCCCUAGUCUCUUGUGACAGAGCGUUCCACCAGUUUGGAGCCACAGCCGAAAAAGCCCUGGCUCUGGUUGAGGCCAGCCUAACCUCCCUGUGGCCCGGGAUCUCCAAGAUGUUUUUGUUUGAAGACCGUAAGGUCCUCCGUGGGACACACCAGGAGAGGCGGUCCCGUUUUAGGGAGCAGGCUAGCAGGCGGGGCCCGCACAACACAGGAGCCUGCACAACACAAAACAGUGUUGCUGUGGGUAGGUUUUAUUUUAUUUGUUUUCUAUCUUAUAUUUUGGAAAUGUCCAUCCAGUUUUCCCCCCUUUAAUUUUUUGGGGGCCCCCAAAAGAGUGGGGCGCUGAGCUAUAGCUUGUUUAGCUUAUACGUAAACCCUGCACUGCUCAUGGGUUGACUGGCCCCAAUAGGAGGGGGUUGACUAGAGGUGGAAGUGGUAAGGGGGGGGGGGUUGGUGAGCAAAGCCAGCAAGAAUGCAGCCCCCCCAACAUGCACUUAAGAGGCCAACAGCCUCAGCUCAGCUGCCCUGAAGCUCCCACGUUUGUAACCGUGACGUUUGCCACAUUCCUCUCUGACGGGGGAUUAUGGAUUUACCUCCUGGACCGUGGUCCCAAAUUCAGCUGUGACGUAAAUGGCAGGCAGUGUCAGUUAUGAAGCGAUCAGGUUCCCGUCCGGGGAUUAUCUUACUGCCUCUCACCAGCCGUUUUUCCGCUUGUUUCCUCCUCCUGGUCUUUGCCACCUUGGAGGUAUGGGUUACAUUUGUUUUGCGUGACCCAAGGAUGCCCAGCCGAGUAUGAAUUACACUUCUUUGCCACUUUAACACUUGUUGACUGUAAGUGGGUCACAGGAGGGUGGACUCGUCGGCGCAGCUCUGAUCCCAUCUCUCUUGCAGCAGAAUUGGGGUUUAUUGUUAUUAUCAUUUGAUCAACUUUCUCCUUGCUUUCAGGAACAACACACCGACUUUGAACUUUAAGCUGAUUCCUAUUAACCAAUUAAGCAGGAUUGCUUCCUCUACUUCUUCUUUUUUUAAAAGAAAGGGACCUGCACGAAACAAAAUUCUAGCCAGUGGCUGUGCUUUCUGCAAGGUCUCUCAAAGUGUGGGUGUUCGGUCAUUUGGAUAACUUCUCUGACAUCAAGGAGACAUUCGGGGUUUGUGUUGUCGUCUGUUACUUUGGCCUCGAGGCGGCUUCUAAACGGGGUGUUUCACUGGAGAGAAAAGGUGUGUUCUUUUGAGGGGUGCGCAAACUGUGACAUGACAGGAGCUUAUAAAAUUAGACAACUUCACUAGCAUCUCUCGGUAUUGUGAACAACACCAAACUUACCUUUUGUUGGUAUCUUCAUGAACUUACCUAAAAAGAUAAAGGGGGGGGGGGGAGACUGAAUUAAGCAUUUGAAACAUCUAUUGAAAUCAGACAUUAUAAGUUCAUCUUACACUGGGUAGUUCGCAAGUUUCUGUGGCUUUGCACAAGGUUUUGUAUUUUUCUCAGAAGAUUGAUAAAGAAUGUAUAAUUAUUUUGGUAAUUAUUGUGUGUAUAUUAGUCGCCAAUGUGUUGCAUGAGUCGUACUACUAUAAAAUUAGACAUGGCAUGGAGAAAGGUUUUUGCCCCUCUCUCAUAACACCAGAACUCGUGGAUAUCCAAUGAAGUUGAAUGUUGUAAGAUUCAGGAUAGGGAAAAGAAAGCCCAUCGUCCACAUAGCUGAACUAUGGAACUCCCUGUUGCAGGAGACCAGAGAUGGCCACCAACUUGGAUGGCUUGAAAAGAGGAUUGGACAAAUUCAUGGAGGAGGAGAGAGCUAUUGAGGGCUGCUAGCCAGAAUGGCUCUGCUCGCCUUCCACAGUCAGAGGCAGCGAUUUUUCUGAAUCCCAGUUGCUGGAAACCUCAGGAGAGGAGAGUUACUCUUGUGUCGAAUCCUGCUUGCUGGUUUCGCACUGGGGCAUUUGGUCGGCCACAGUGAGAACAGGAUGCUGGUCAAGAUGGGCGAAUGCCCUGAUCCAGGAGGCUCUUCUUGCAUUCUUAUCCUUCCUGGUUAAAGAGGACGUGCAGUGAUGGUGCCAGGUGAGCCUCUCUGGGGAUAGCAUUCCACAAACGGGGAGCCACCACUAAAAAGGCCCUGUUCACUUUGACCGAAAGAAGGCGAGAGAUUCAAUUAUAUAUGUGGGAAUGUUCAGGGAGGCAGGAGAGGAUAUACUGUUUAUUAAUAUCCUUCCUAACUUGCACUAGCAAGUUCUAUAACUUAGCCGAGUUUUAACAUUCCCCUUUGAAAGCACAGUGGGUAGCUGGUUGUAGGCUUGUUUAAGCUUCUCAAUAUAGAUUCCUGGUAAGAUCCUUUCUUUCCCUCUUAAAAGAAUAAACACGCCACAAUCUUGUGUAAAAUAUAUAAAAGUAAUUUACUCACAUCAUCAGUUCACAGUUGGAUCCUUGAAGGCAGACUUAGUUACAAAGUAUAUACAUGUGGGUCUACCCCAUAUAGGGGGUUAAUCGGAGUGACUGCAGACUGGUAGUCACUGCAGUUCACACGACGAAAGGAAGAUGGAAAAGGAGGGAGGAGGGCUGUGUGCCUUGCGCUUUUGUUACCUGGACAGGUAAGGUCACGCCCACCUCUAGUCACAUGCCAGAGGAAGGAUACCCCAGUCCAGGAAGAAACAGGAAGUUUUCGACUGGCUGGACCAAACAUCCCCUUGCAUAUCCACUCUAGGAAAACAAGGAAUGUUGUAUUUGUCUGCUACAUAUGUAUCACAUCCCACAAGCCGAGCCUCUCCUGGGGAGUAGGGGUAAAACGUAGCCAUACCACCUGCCCCUUCUACCUGAGCUCCCCUUUUCAGGAAUUGCCAAGGCCUUGUGGGAUACCUGGCCAUAUGAACUGGCAACCAUAGUCCGGAGAAGAUGAAUGAACCUUCCUGCAGUUGUCUGUCCUGCGAGCGAACCUCCCUUUAGCAGAGGUGCCUGUGCUGUUUUUUUAUUUUAAAGAUUGUGUUUCUUCCGGAGGGGCGAGGGAGGCGGGGAGCCCCAUGCAAGCCAGAAUCUGUGCGGAGCUGCCCUUUCAACACCUGGCGCUCCAGAUGGGUGCGUAGGAGAUGCAUUUGGUUGUUCAAAAACAGGGGACAGGACAUGCGCGCUUGAGCACAUGCGUAGGUGUUUUGGCAGAGACGGGAUUAUUUCCACCCAUCUCUCUUCCUCCUCGGUGCUGGAAAUCCUUUCCGUUUUGUCGAUUGAUGGGAUGCGUUCAACCUGGAAAAGAGGAGGCAGAGAGGUGAUAUGAGAGCCCUCUAUCUGAAGGGCUCCUACAUGGAAGAUGGAGCAGACUUGUUUUCUCCUGAUCUGGAGGGUAGGACUCGAACCCAGGGCUUCACAUGGCAAGAAAGGAGAUUCCUACUAAAUGUUAGGAAGAACAUUUUGAUGUAAGAGCUGCCUGACAUUGCAACAGACCUCCUCGGGAGGCGACGAACUCUCCUUCCUUGGAGGUUUUUAAGCGGAGAUUGGGUGGGCACUUGUCGUGGAUGCUUUAGCAGUGAUUCCUGCAUUGUAGGGGGUUGGACUAGAUGACCCUUGGGGUCCAUUCCAACUCUACAAUUCUGUGAUUCUAUUAUUUCUCUACCCCAUUGAUUUAUGUUGGUUAAUAAUAAUAAUGAUAGUAAAUUUUAAUUUAUACCCCGCACUUCCCGGUUCAAAAACCAGGCUCAGGGCGGCUAACAACAAAUUUAAAACACUUAAUUGUAAAAGCAGCAUAAAAUACAGUAUAAAAACAUGAAUAAUAAUAAAAUACAGAAAUCACUUUAGGGGAAAUAAGCAUUAGAUAAUCCCCAGGGCUAGCUGGCUGAAUUGGUCCUACUUGGGCCAUUGAGGAGACCAGGGGAAAAUUAGCUGUGGGGUCUCAGAGCAGGUAAUCUUCAUAAAAGGGGAGGGGGAGGGAAGAGAAGGGAAAUAAAAGAUCAGGCUGAGUUCAAAUUAAAGGCCAGGCGGAAUAGCUCUGUCUUACAGGCCUGACGGAAGGAGGUUAAAUCCUGCAGGGCCCUGUUCUCCUGGGACAGAGCAUUCCACCAGGUCAGAGCCACCACUGAGAAGGCCCUGGCCCUGGUGGAGGAUAGUCUGACUUCCUUAGGGCCCAGGACCUCUAAACUAUGGUUAUUCAUGGACCUUAAGGUCCUCUUAAUAUGAAAGCACCCGUAUUUGGGGAUUCUCCCCUCCCUUUUUGGAUCUGCAGUUUCUUUUUUACUGUUUUACAAAACAAAAAAGUUAAAAUAUAAACUAGAGGCUGUGCCACACUCUACUGGCGAAGCACUCCAUGCUGCCACAAAUGGGGCAGAUCUUUUCUAUGCUCAUUUACAGCCCUCUAGGGUGGGUGUGGCAUGCAUUUUCUGCUGGUUUAGAAUGUAAUUCGCUACCCAGAAGUGGCCUGUUUAUAAGCGCAAGAGGGAAGGAAGACAGAAAAUCCUAUUUUCAAAGCUUGUAGUGAGAGCAUUAUCAGAUUACAGAUCGAAAGGAUAAAGAGACCCAGAGUCCAGCCGAGGGGAAUUAGCAAAAGGCCGACUGCUGGCUGCAAGCAGAUGAACAAAAGUAAGAGAAAGUCUUCACUGAAAUCAAGGUUUCAUUACCUGGAGUGCAACACUUAGUGCACCCAGUUGUGCAAAUCUAACUGGCAGCUUAAGAUUUUAAGCAAGCAAGUGCUAUUGUGACUAUUAUUAUUAACAGCUGCGGUAUCUAGCGCUUACAAAGCAUGCCAGAUUUUCGGAGCACCGUUAAAAGUCUCUGCCUGCGUGCUUGAUAUCUAAAAGACAUGAUACAAAAGGAAAAAGGAUUGCGGAGGGAUGAGGAAAACAAACACUGGGGCAGCUGCCAGGAGGACAGGAUGCUCUCCCUCUCGCCAUGACGAUCUUCCUUCCUGUCUUGAUGCCCUGAUAAUUUAAAAUAUUUUUAAAGAGGGUGUAAAAGUUCCUCUAAGCUCCAUAGUUUGUUAAAAUGCAUGCAGGAGGGGAAAGGGCUCCUGUGUUCAAAUCCUGCUUGCAGGUUUCCUUUCCUUUUUUAAAAAAACAAAUUUUAUUGGAUUUUUACAAUUUAAUAUUCAACCAAAUAACACAAUUUGCCAUAUAAACAAAAAAGAAAAGAAAAAAACCCCUCCCCAUGACUUCCCUCAACUUCCCCUUCUGGUUCUUCAAACAUUUAUUACUUCUGCUUAAUUUUUGUCUUGUUUUUAUGAUCUUAUACCUCAAUACACUUAAAUUCUUGCCAUUUUUAUACCAAAUUUUCUUUCGUAAUUACAUCUUGCACUCAAUUACAUUCCAUAUUAUUCUUUCUUGACCUUUCAACUUGGUCUUAUCCAGCAGGCUCUUUUCAUAUUUUUAAAAACACAUUAGAGAAAAUUGCUUAGGUUAGAUAAAAUGUUGUUUCCCCUGUUGGUUUCUACAGCCACAGCUGGCGCUGUGACUCUCCAACCGUUUUUGACUCCAUCCUCCUCCAUCGUCUCCCGAGACAGAGGGAAGCCAAUGGCGAUUACAAAGAGAACAGGACAGCGUGAAAGCUAUCCCUGGUCUCUGGUCCCCAGUGACUCGGCAGUGAAGGGAAGGUUCUCUGCACGCCCUCAGAGGCACCCUUGCCUUUGCUCACCACGACGAACACACGUUGCAGCAGGGAUGAGCCUCAGCAUUUGAAAAGGAGCUCAGAUUUAUACUGAGUCCCCCGGUCCGUCUGGCUCUCAGUUGUCUGCAGUGACGGGCUGCAGCCCUGCAGGGUCUCAGAGAGAGGAUGUUGCCAGUCAGAGAUGGAAGGAGGGACCUUCCGCAUGGAUACCUACCACUGAGCAUCAACGCUGGAAAGUAGGCUCCAAAGCAGGGGUCAGCAAACUUACCGCGCCUCGGGCCGGUGUCUCCAGUGCUGACCACGCGGCAAGCCGAAGAGUGUGUGCCCAUUCGCGUGCGCACACACUAUUUCUGGUGCACUUCCGGGUCGGAGGAGCACCGGAAAUAGCUUGUGCGCGUGUGCACGGGCCUCCUCCGACCCAGAUGUGCACCGGAAAUAAUGCUUGCGCAUGCACACAAGCUAUUUCCAGUGUGAAAUAGAGUCAGUGUGGUGUAGUGGCUAAGAGCGGUAGUCUUGUAAUCUGGUGAACCGGGUUCGCUUCUCUGCUCCUCCACAUGCAGCUGCUGGGUGACCUUGGGCCAGUCACACUUCUCUGAAGUCUCUCAGCCUCACUCACCUCACAGAGUGUUUGUUGUGGGGGAGGAAGGGAAAGGAGAUUGUGAGCCGCUUUGAGACUCCUUCGGGUAGUGAUAAAGCGGGAUAUCAAAUCCAAACUCUUCUCUUUCCGGUGCUCCUCUGAUCCGGAAGUGGACAGCCGCACCGUGCAGCGCAGUGCCGGUAAGAGCGGGCAGCGGCAGCGGGUGGCAGGGAUCGCCGUGGGCUGGAUAAACGAGUCCCUUGGGGCUUAUCCGGCCUGCGGACCUUAGUUUGGGGACCCCUGCUCCAAAGGUUGCUCUCUUAGUGGUAGUGCAGGCCUGGUACUGAACAUGCAUCAAUUUGUUGCACCUCCCAGUUUCCUUCUGCUGCAUAGCCUUCCUCGUUUUAGCUUCCUCAGUCCUCAGUUUCCCUGACAACUCCUUCCACCGACAGAUGCUCAGAGCCUCUCCAUGCUGUUGUUUCCCAUCCUUGUGGCAUUACCCCCCACCCUGGUUUUCCUAGCUGUUUUUUCUUCUUGCUGGCAUUCCUUUCAUCCCAAAGGCAUGAAAAUCACACCCCAAAUUGGCAUACUGCUUCUUAAAAUCUUUAAAUUGGGAUUCUGCACUGUUCUGAGUCACUGCCGCUGCUGCCCUUCCCCCAAAUCCUGCCAUGCAUUCAUUAUUUUUUAUUUAUUUUCCAUUUAAUUAUAUACAUUCACAUCAUCAUUAUCAUCCACUUUACCGCUCUGGCUCUUUAGAGCCAAUCGACUUCUUUCCCUCCUGCCUCAUGGCUAUUGAAAUUCACCUUUAUCUCAUUGCAUUUUGUACGUUGUCCAAUUCUAAUUACACUCAUUACAAAACGGCUCAAAAUGUAAAUAAAUAUAGAAAGGUAGGAAAUUUCUCAUUACAAGUCUUCAGACAACCCUGCUAGUGAUGCAAUAAUCUUUCAAAUAUCGUAUAAAUUUACUCCGGUCCUUUUGGAAUCCUUGAUCAUGCUGGUUUCGGAUUUUUCCCGGCGGCUUUGCCAGUUCAGGAAAGUCCAUCAUCUUCAUCUGCCCCUCAUCUUUCGUUGGUACUUCUUCUUGUUUCCAUUUUGGGGCUAAAAGAAUUCUUGCCACACUUGUUGCAUACGCAAACAGUCUUUUAUCUUCCCUUGGUGUCUCUUCACGCACUAUCCCUAAUAGAAAGGCUUGUUUAAACAUUUUCUUUAGCUCAUUUUAUAUCAUUUCCCAGAAAGCCUUUACCUCUUUACAAGUCCACCACAUGUGGUAGUAGAAGAUACCCUCCCUUUCUUUACAUUCCCAACACGCAUUGGUUCUUGUCUUGAACGUUUUAGCCAGUUUUGCUGGUGUUAAAUACCAUCUCUACAUCAUUUUCAUAACAUUUUCUUUAAGUGCACUGCAUGCAGUAAAAUUAAUGCCUUCCUGCCAUGCAUUCACACACACACACACACACACACACACACACACACAUAAUUUCCAAAAAUCAUAUACCAUACUUUCUUAUCUUAGCGGACCUCUCCGCAAGCAGCGGCAGCACUGCCGCUGCUUGCGGAGAGUUGCCGGCAUGCCGAAGCCUGCGCGCGCUGAGAUCAGCGCGCCCAGGCUUCGCGGACCUCUCCGCGAGCAGCGGCAGCGCUGCCGCUGCUUGCGGAGAGUUGCCGGCAUGCCGAGGCCUGCGCGCGCUGAGAUCAGCGCGCCCAGGCUUCGCGGACCUCUCCGCGAGCAGCGGCAGCGCUGCCGCUGCUUGCGGAGAGUUGCCGGCAUGCCGAAGCCUGCGCGCGCUGAGAUCAGCGCGCCCAGGCUUCGCGGACCUCUCCGCGAGCAGCGGCAGCGCUGCUUGCGGAGAGUUGCCGGCAUGCCGAUGCCUGCGCGCGCUGAGAUCAGCGCGCCCAGGCUUCGCGGACCUCUCCUGCCUUCAAAGCCGUCCGGGAUAGCGGGAAGCGCUUCCUGCUAUCCCGGACUGCUUUUAAAAUGCUGGCAGUGGGGAGCAAAGCCUUCGGCCCCUAUACUGUUUUGGACUUCCAUCAACCACAUCUGAAGAUUUUUCAAUCUUUAUCACUUAAUUUACAUUUCUUAAUUUCUCUAUUACUUUUAAUUGUCCUUAACUAAUAAUUCUCUUCGUAGUCUUCCUUGCAAUAUUUCACAUAAUCCUCCUUACAAAACUUCUUGCAGUCCCACUAGCGUAAUCUGUUUGUUACAAUUGCUUUUCAAAUAGUUCAAAUAUUUACUCCAGUCCUCUGAGAAUCUCUGGUCCCGCAGGUUUCGAAUCCUUCCUGUUGUCUUAUCUCAUUCUGCGUAGUCCAUUAAUUUCGUCUGCCAUGCUUCUUUUGUCGGUAGUUCUUCUGGUUUCUGUUUUUGUGCCAAUAAUAUUCUUGCUGCCGUUGUUGCAUAUGAAAACAAUUUACUAUCCUGUCUAUUAAUAUCCUCCCCUACAAUGCCAAGUAAAAAUGCUUCUGGUUUUUUUUUUAUAAAUGUAUAUUUCAAAAUCUUUUUCAUCUCGUUAUAUAUCAUUUCCCAGAAGCUUUUCACUUUCUUACAUUCCCACCACAUGUGAUAAAAAGUUCCUUCUUUUUCUUUACAUUUCCAACAUUUAUUACUUAUUUUAUACAUUUUGGCAUUCAUUCUUAUCAUCGUUGAAAGAAGAGCUUGCAGGAUCAGGCCAGCAUCCUGUUCUCACAGAGGCCAACGUAGGAGACCAGAGAGCAGGAUCCAAGCACAAGGACAACUCUCUCCUCCUGUGGUUUCCAGCUAUUGGCACCCAGACCCAUUUACUGCCUCCAACCUGGACUGUCCUUGUAAUGAUUUAAAUGGGUCUACUCUUGAGUAUGGUUUAGUUGGACGCAAGCCCUAUUUAACAGAGGAGCCUGAUGAAUAGUGGCCGGGGAGAAUAUUCCAAAAUCUGGAUGCUGGGACAGAAAACCUCACCCCCCAGGAGGCCCCCACUUGCCUCAAAGGUGGGUAUCCAGCAAAUUUACACACCCUUGGCUGGGCUGGCUCAUAUGGGUCCCAGAUUUUUGGGUCACAGGCCACUUAGAGUACUCUGAAUUGAUCCUGGAAGUCGAGCAGCCAGUGUAGCUUUUAUGCUAUGAACCGCCCUGAGAUCUAUGGAUCGAGGGUGGUAUACAAAUUUAAUAAAUAACAGCAGUCAUAAAUAACAGCUGGUGAAACAGGGUAAAAUCUGCAGGUAAAACUGGCUGCCAUAACCCAACUUCUUUCUGCAUAAAGGAACAGUGGAAUUCUGCCACCUGCGUGAAUAAAACUGAGACAGGAAACAUAAUAGCAUACCGUAUUUUUCGCGCCAUAAGACGCACCCGACUAUAAGACGCACCUAGUUUUUAGAGGAGGAAAACAAGAAAAAAAAAUUCUGAACGAAACAGUGGAUGUAUGAUUUUUGUGGUGCAGGCUGUAGCCAUGGACAUGCUACGUGAUCUGAUGGUGAAUUUGGGGUGCCCCAAUGUAAAAAUCCUGAGGAUCCAUGGGCUUUUACCUCCCCCCUCCCAGGUAGCCUCCUUUAUCUCUUGCAUCCCUUAGCUCCCUCCCCGAUUGCUUGCCGAUCAGCUGCUUCCUUUCAACACCCACUUCCCUCUUUCAGAAAAAAACCAAGCAUGAUCUGCUUUUCUCUCCUGGGCAAUUCGGCUCCAGGGACCACACAUUCGCUCCAUAAGACGCACAGACAUUUCCCCUUACUUUUUAGGAAGAAAAAAGUGCGUCUUAUGGAGCGAAAAAUACGGUAUGUAGAGACUGCUGGAUCAGGCCAAUGUCCCGUCUAGUCCAGCAUCCUGUUCUCACAGUGGCCAGCUAGACACCUGCGGGAAAAGUGCAAGCAGGACUCGAACACAAGAGCAACUCUCUGCUCCUGUGGUUUCUAGCAAUUGGCACUCAGACCCAUUUACUGGUGGGGAUGGAGGGUUUGUGGUCCUGCAAACCGGCUCCCAUCAGCUCCAGGCAGGACAGAGAUGCUGGGAGCAUGUGGUCCAGCAGUUUUGGGUACCAGAGGUUCCCCAUCUCUGCUCUCUGGGGUCUCAAGAGACAGCUCCCGAGGCCAGAUAAUAAUAAUAAUAACAAUAAUAAUGAUGAUGAUGAUAAUAAUAAUAAUAAUUUAUUAUUUGUACCCCAGCCCAUCACUAAUGGGCUGCCCUUGGGGAAAAGCCCCCAAGAGCCACACACACACUCGCUCUGUCCCUUCCCCCACCUCCCGCAAAAGCCAGGGAUAGCCGCGCGAAGCCUCCCCAGGGCAGUGGGAUGAAGGCUCCCCACUGCCCUGCGGAGGCUUCGAGGGCUAACCCCAGAGCUGCUCAGGAGCUUGUGGGCUGGUGGGUGAAGCCUGCCCCACCCCCCAGUCCCAAAGAGAAGCUUGUGGGGCUGGCAGUGGGGGAAGCCUGGGUUCCUCACCCCAGGGACCACACAUUCGCUCCAUAAGACGCACAGACAUUUCCCCUUAGAUUUUAAGAGGAAAAAAGUGCGUCUUAUGGAGCGAAAUAUACGGUAAGAACUUCCCUGAACAGAUCCUUCCUCUAAGUGGAGAUGGCAUUGGGGAUGGAAGCUGGAGCCUUCUGCAUGCAGAGCAGGUGUCCCGCUCCUAAGCAAUGGAGUCUUGCCAGGGGACCAUUCAUCCCCCCCUUGAAUGCAACAGCUAGAAAAGGGGAGGAAAUACCCCCAUCCACUGGCUGUCUGGCAUUCGGCACAAGAUAUUUCCUCCCGAAUCCUUGCGAGCAAACACACACACAAAGGAAGGGAAUGCGGGAGGCUGGUGUUGGACUUGUCUUUGAUUUUGAGGGACAAGCAGCCCUUUGUUUCUGAGCCCGGAAAGCUGGGAACUCAAGGUAAUUCUUUUUAAAUCUCUCUCUCCCCCUCUUUCGGGGAAGCAGGAGAAGACAAGGGGGCGAACAGGGUUGUGAGAAGCCUUCAGCCGCCUCAACAAGCCUCCCCUGUUAAUCUCAGAUGUUUGCCCAUCUCUCAGCAAUCUUUGACGUCGGGGAGGGCUGCCAACUGUCCAGCUGCUAGUGCAGCUUUGAAAUCAGCUCAAUUAGUAGAGGGCCUUGUUUCUCUCCACACUCUGAACGGGUUUCAUUUUUCUUCUUGUUGUAAUAAUAAUAAUAAGAUAAUGCUUGAAAGCACAAGAGCUGGUGAACCAGUGUGCUGUCUACAGGGCUGAAUCAAUACCUUAGGGGCCCUAAGCAAUGAGAAGAUUUUAGUGGCAUCCAUAUGUACAGUGGUAAGGGAUGCGGUUUGUAAUUCAAAGCCAAAUUAUAUACAUAGUAAUAAUUUGGUUUUGAAUUACAGUGGUACCUUGCUUCUCAAACUUAAUCCGUUCCAGAACUAAGGCACGCUUUCUCAUAGAAAGUAAUGCAUAAUGGACCGAUCCAUUCUGGACUUUUAAAAACAACCCCUAAAACAACAAUUUAACAUGGAUUUUGCUAUCUAACGAGACCAUUGAUCCAUAAAAUGAAAGCAAUAAACAAUGUGCUGCAGUCAUGCAAUCAAAGAAAAACAAAAACGGAAAAUAAAUAGCAAAAACAGACAGACCUCAGUGUAACACUCAAAUUAGAAGACUGGCACCAUUAGGUCCAGUCGCGGACGACUCUGGGGUUGCGGUGCUCAUCUCGCUUUCUUGGCCGAGGGAGCCGGCGUACAGUUUCCGUGUCAUGUGGCCAGCAUGACUAAGCCACUGCUGGCGAUCCAGAGCAGCGCACGGAAACGCUGUUUACCUUCCCACCAGAGUGGUACCUAUUUAUCUACUUGCACUUUGACAUGCUUCCGAACUGCUAGGUGGGCAGGAGCAGGGACUGAGCAACGGGAGCUCACCCCGUCGCGGGGAUUCGAACCACCGACCUUCUGAUUGGCCAGUCCUAGGCUCUGUGGUUUAACCCACAGCGCCACCCGCGUCCCUAUACAAGUUGUACAAGUGACAAUAAAGUGUUUCAAUUUCAGUUCAUUCAGGUGGCAGGAUCCCCCUCUCCAUGUGUUCUUCUGAAAUGCAACAGGUUUGUCCCCUCUGAGGCACCAGAGUUGCCUAAUUCUUCACCUCACUACAUUCAGCUGGCCUCUCACUAUGCCCCUUUCAUUACCAGAUAGAGAUGUUUCCACCGGAUUGCUUAUACGGAAAGAAAUGAAGGGAACGAAAACAGGCCCCUUUGACCUCCACAACUGAGAGUUGCUGUGUGUGUGUUGACCUUCUUGCCCCCGAUCUCGUGUGCUUUUCUCGCUCUCCCUGCCAAACCACGUUGAAUUUUGCUGAUGGGGUUUUUAUGCGCCACCCCCAAAGACCACAUUGCAUUUCUUUUUCUAAGCGUGGGUUUGAAACGAUUGAUCAGUAAACUGCCUUGAGGGUCCCGUCUGCAUCAAGGAAUCCAUUAAUAAACUCGGGGGCUGGCUUCCCCAGGCUUGGGGAAAUGGAUUGACACUGACGGAACUCAAAGCCUCUUUAUGUAUCCCAUUCCGCGCCCCGCGUCUCCCUCAGAUCCAGGUUCCCGGUUCACAAAGAGACCUCCAGGCUGCCUCCCCUCAAAGCAUUUCUCCUCCACGCAGCGCACCAAAUAGCUCUGAGACAACAGCGCAUUAUUCUCCUGUUGUGGUUGCCCAGCAACCUUGGGCGCCUCGCUGGAACCCCCCAUUUGGGUGAUGUGGGGGAAAUGAAAUCCUUUCUGUGUCUCCUGGGCACCCAGGGCUUCAGAGUGAUGUCACGGUUUCCACAGAAACAUACAGGAGGUUAUUUUUUUUUAUUAAAAAAAAAAAGCCCCAAACACUGUUCUUUUAUUUAUACGCUUUUAAACUCCCCUUCUUGGGAGAAAAGCAAUGACAAACCUAGACAGCAUCUUAAAAAGCAGAGACAUCACCUUGCCAACAAAGGUCGGUAUAGUUAAAGCUAUGGUUUUCCCAGUAGUGAUGUAUGGAAGUGAGAGCUGAACCAUAAAGAAGGCUGAUCGCCGAAGAAUCAAUGCUUUUGAAUUAUGGUGCUGGAGGAGACUCUUGAGAGUCCCAUGGACUGCAAGAAGAUCAAACCUCUCCAUUCUGAAGGAAAUCAGCCCUGAGUGCUCACUGGAAGGACAGAUCCUGAAGCUGAGGCUCCAAGACUUUGGCCAUGAGAAGAGAAGACUCCCUGGAAAAGACCCUGAUGUUGGGAAAGAUGGAGGGCACAAGGAGAAGGGGACAACAGAGGAUGAGACGGCUGGACAGUGUUCUCGAAGCUACCAGCAUGAGUUUGACCAAAUUGCGGAAGGCAGUGGAAGACAGAAGUGCCUGCCGUGCUCUGGUCCAGGGGGUCACGAAGAGGCGGACACAACUAAACGACUCAACAACAACAACUAGCUCCCCUUUUCCCAAGGAGUCCUAGGGUGGGUUAGCACAGCUUAUCAAUGCAAUGAAUGAAGCCACGGGGGCAGGUCUUGCCCAGGUAAACAGGGGACAGGUCACAGAAUUGUAGACUUGAACGGUACCUCCAGGGGUCAUGCAGUCCAACACCUGCAAUGCGGGAAUCUCAGCUAAAGCAUCCGAGACAGAUGGCCAUCCCACCUCUACUUAACAACCUCCAAGGAAGGAGAGUCCACAACUUCCCAAGGGAGACGGUUCCAUAGUUGAGUGGCUCUUGCUGGCAGAAAGUUUUCCCCCCGUAUGUUUCUUUGGAAUCUUCUUUCUCGUAACUUGAAGCUAUGGGUUCAGGUCCUACCCUCCAGAGCAGGAGAAAACAAGCUGGUUCCAUCUUCCAUGUAGGAGCCCUUGAGAUAUUUGAAGAUGGCUAUCCUAUCUCCUCUCAGUCUCCUCCAGGCUAAACAUCCAGACUACUCCUUCAACCGCUCCUCAUCAGGCUUGGUUUCCAGACCCUUGAUAAUCUUGGUCUUCCUCCUCUGCACACCUUCUAGCUUGUCAACUUAAAUUGUGGUCCCCAGCUGUGAAGCUUUGUGUAUUCGGCAAAUAUGAUCUCCAACAUUGAACAGUGAUUCUGGAUAUUGACUACUGUUUUGUAGAAUUCUUCGUCAGCGUGGUGGGAGGAUAUAUAAUUGCUUCAUAAACCUAUCUUAUUUGAAUGAAUGUAUGUAAAUGAAAAUAUCAAAUGCUGUGGAACAGUGGUCAUGUAAUAAUGUAGCCACCAUGUUGACGAAGAAUUUACAAAACAGUAGUCAAUUUCCGGAAUACAAAGCUUGUCUUUCAUCAUACAAAGUCUGGUACCUCGUUUCAUUUAAAGAUUUUCAGAGACUUUGAGACUAAAGAUUUCAUUUUGUACUUGUUAUGGUUUGAAGGAAUUCUAUAAAGAUUGUCUAUUCCGUGUGUACAUGGUCAUCGUGUUGCAUAGACAUUGCUGACGUACUCUUUGCAACACAGGGGUUUGUUUGGUUAAUUUUGCCAUUUUGGCAUGGUCCAUCAUCUUGAUUUUCCAUUCUUUGCUGGUUGGGACUUUGACUUCCUUCCAUCUCUGGGCAAAAAGCAUCCUUGCAGUUGUCGUCACAUAUACAAAUAGUCUUUUAAAGUCCUUUGGUAUUUCAUCACCUAUAAUUCCUAAUAGAAAAGCUUCUGGUUUUUUCACAAAUGUUAUCUUGAACAUUUUUUCAACUCAUUAUAUAUCAUUUCCCAUAAAGCUUUCAUUAUAUUGCAUGUCCACCAUAUGUGGUAAAAAGUGCCUUCUCUUUCUUUCUUUACAUUUCCAACAUAUAUUGGUAGCAAUUCUAUGUAUUUUAGUGUUCUGUUGGAAGCCGCCCAGAGUGGCUGGGGAAACCCAGCCAGAUGGGCGGGGUAGAAAUAAUAAAUUAUUAUUAUUAUACAUUUUUGCUAACCUCGUAGGCGUCAAGUGUCAACAGUACAUCGACUCAUUGCUAAAACUGUGUUUACGGAAGACAAUCUUACUCGGCUACAAGUGAUCGCCAAAUAAUUUUCGUAUAGUUUUCUUUCAACGUACAGCAUGCUGUAAACUUUAAGUCUUCCCUCCAUAACUUUUCCCAAAAUGAAAAUUGUCUAUUACAGUAUACCCAAUGUCCUUUGUCCAUAUUUAUUAAAUCUAUCAGUUGCUCUCUCCUCACCACAGCAAUACAAAGCAACUUACAAUAUUUUAAGCAAAGAAACCAAACACAUACAUAAAAAUAUAUGUUUAUUUAUGUAUGUCUUUGAUUUCUUUGCUUAAAAUAUUGUAAGUUAAUUAAUGCAAAAUGAUUACAGACAACUAAAGAUAUGAGAUCAUAUAAACUGUAUAGUGGUCGAAGGAAGUCAACUUUUUCUAUUUUCCUUUUGACUUUUUUAUAUAAAAAUAUCUGCUUUCUUUCUUUUUCUUUUCAAUAUGUAUCGUUUUCUUAUUUUUUGUAUUUUUUUUUUAUUAGUGCCUUUUUGGUAUUCGGUAACUUGUAUUACUUGUAUAACUCUACUCUUUUUUUGGCAUGUAUAUAUUUAUAUGGAAAAUAAAAAUUUAGAGAAGCUUUCAAAAAACAACACCACACUAACACAUACAUAAAUUACAACCGGCAAAUUUAGCAAUAAAUAAAUAUUAAUCAUAGGAACUAACUUAAAUAUAAUUUGUAUUUUAUUACUAUUAAUAUUGUUAGUGAUUGUUUCUCACGAGGCUGGGCAGAGAAUCCAUUCUAGUGAGAUUUGGACUGUUACUGGGAAAUAUCCCCUCCCUCUUGCAGACCAAUCUAUUUGCUGACUUCUUCCUCUCUUCUCUCCUCCUUCAAGGUUUAUGAACCACAGAGUGCCGCCCAACCGGAGAUACCAGCCCACAGAAUAUGAACAUGCAGCCAAUUGCGCCACACAUGCUGUGAGUUUUAUUAUUAUUAUUAUUAUUAUUAUUAAUUUGUUUACCGCUCUUCAUCCAUAGAUCUCAGGGUGGUUCAAAGCAUAAAAUUACAAGAAAAAGAAGGCACGAUUUUUCACAUGUGGUGGAACUGUCAAAUAAUCAAAAGUUUUGGGGAAAUGAUUUAUAAUGAAAUGAAAAAAAUGUUUAAUAUAACAUUUGUUAAAAGGCCAGAAGCUUUCUUGCUAGGCAUUACAGGCCGAGACUUGCCAAAAGAGCAGAAGUUAUUCAUGUAUGCAACAACAGUGGCUAGAAUAUUACUAGCCCUAAAAUGGAAAGACAACAAGAUGCCAAAGAAAGAAGAAUGGCAAGAAAAACUGAUGGAAUAUGCUGAAAUGGUGAAGCUAACUGGAAAGCUUAGAGGCAAGGACAAUAGAGACUUUUUAAAAGACGGGGAACCGUUUAUGUUGUAUUUACAGAAACAUUGCAAAGAAGUGGACUCACUAGCAGGGUUUGAGUAAAUACUUACAACUAACAACAUAGAAAUAAAGAUGCAAAAAUUGGAAAAUAAGUGAAAGAGGAAACAAGUAUGGUAUAAAAAAUGUUAAGAAUACAACAAUAUUUAAGUUAAAGAUUGCAAUAUUAGGGUAGAACAAAACAAGCAGGGGGAGCAAAUACUUAAAGAACCAGAAAAGGAAGUUGAGGGAAGUCAUGGGGGGUUGGGGAUUUAUAUUCUCUUUUGUCUUUGAGAUAAUGUUGAUUGUGAACAGUGGCGUAGCGUGGGAGGUGCAGGGGGGGCCGGCCGCACAUCUGGAGGGGCGCGCGCUCGCACUCGCAGCUCUCUGCCCCUACCUGGCUCACUCAGGGUUAGGGGGCGCAAAUUACUUGUCUUGUCCCGGGUGCUGACAACCCACGCUACGCCACUGAUUGUGAAGAUUAUAAAAUUGUAAAACUCAAUAAAAAAUUAUUUAAAAAAUAAAAAUACAGGGGGGAAUAAUGUAAUUGAAUAUUUGGAUUGAUGAAUUGCUAGGUUGAAAUUGUUUAAUAAAAAUAUUUUUUUAAAGAGAGAGAGAGAGAGAGAGGGAGAAAUCUGCUAGUUUUGGCCAGAUCAAGGGGGACAUAAAGACCUUUCCUUCCCUUCCCUUUCCUUCCCUCUCAGUUCUGGAUCAUUCCCAGCAUCCUGGGGAGCUCCAUCCUCCACGUCCUUUCGGACAACCCCUGGGAGACCAUCUCCGCCUGGAUCUACGGCUUUGGGCUGUCUGGCUUGUUCAUCGUCUCCACCAUCUUCCACACCAUCUCCUGGAAGAAGAGCCACUUGCGGUAACUCGGACGUCUGCUGCGCAAGGGCGGGCGAUGGCGGCGAUGGAGCUCACUUGCUCUUUGAGCAAGGCAGGCCUCUUGUCUCUCCAGCUUCCAGCAGCAAGCAGAGAGCCCACCUUGGUCUCUUGGUCUCCAUCCUAAGAUGGCGUAGCAGCCGGCCAGGUUGGGGGAAUGCUCAGGGAGGCAGGAGAGGAUACAGUGGUACCUCGGGUUACAUACGCUUCAGGCUGCAUACGCUUCAGGUUACAGACUCCGCUAACCCAGAAAUAGUGCUUCAGGUUAAGAACAUUGCUUCAGGAUGAGAACAGAAAUCGUGCUCUGGUGGCGCGGCAGCAGCAGGAGGCCCCAUUAGCUAAAGUGGUGCUUCAGGUUAAGAACAGUUUCAGGUUAAGUACAGACCUCUGGAAUGAAUUAAGUACUUAACCCGAGGUACCACUGUAUAUUGUUUAUUAACAUCUUUCCUAACUUGCGCUAGCAAGUUCCUUUACAUAGCAGAGUUUCACAUUCCCCUUUUAAACUCACAGCAGAUAGCUGGUUGCAGGCUUGUUUAAGCCUCUCAAUAUUAGGUUCCUGGUAAGUCCCCUUAUGGGACGCGGGUGGCGCACACAGAGCCUUGCCAAUCAGAAGGUCGGUGGUUCAAAUUCCCGUGAAGGGGUGAGCUCCCAUUGCUCGGUCCCUGCUCCUGCCAACCUAGCAGUUCGAAAGCACAUCAAAGUGCAAGUAGAUAAAUAGGUACCGCUCCGGCGGGAAGGUAAACGGCGUUUCCAUGUGCUGCUGUGGUUCACCAGAAGCAGCUUAGUCAUGCUGGCCACAUGACCCGGAAGCUGUACUCCGGCUCCCUCGGCCAGUAAAGCGAGAUGAGCGCCGCAACCCCAGAGUUGGCCACGACUGGACCUAAUGGUCAGGGGUCCCUUUACCUUUUAAAGUCCCCUUAUAUCCCUCUUAAAAGAAUGAACACGCCACAAUCUUGUGCAAAGUAUAUAAAAUAAGUUUACUCACAUCAUCAGUUCACAGUUGGAUCCCUGAAGACAGACUUAGUUACAAAGUAUAUACAUGUGGAUCUGUUCCAUAUGGCGACAAUCCCAGUGUCCUCUGUUGGCUGGAGGCUGCUCCAACAAUGGAGGAAGUCAAAAGAGAGGGUGUGUGCUGCGUGACUUAUCCUUUUGUUACCUGGACAGGUAAGGUCAUGCCCACCUCUGGUCACAUGCAAGAGGAAGGAUGCUCCAGGCCAGGAGGAAACAGGAAGUUUUCGACUGGCUGGACCAAACAUUUCCCCACAUGUCCACUCUAGGAAAACAAGGAAUGCUGUACUUGACUGUUACUUAUGUAUCACAUCCCACACAGGUGAGGUGGGGAAAGGCCAGCCCAUUUGUCUCCGUGGCAACUCAUUUGGACAUGGAAAUGGUGGCACUUGACUGGCUGGCUAAGGAACUUGUCUGGCAGGUUUCUUCUUAAUAUAGCCUCACCUACACAGACAGGAUCAGAAGUUUGGAAGGGACCCCUAGGUAUCAUCCAGACUGACCCCCCCACACCUUUAUGAAAGUGUUCUUUCUCUCUCUCUCUCUUCUGCAGGACUGUGGAGCAUUGCUUGCACAUGUUUGACAGAAUGGUCAUCUACUUCUUCAUAGCUGCCUCCUAUGCCCCUUGGUGAGUUUUCGCAAGCUGUGUACCCAGCCUUUCAGAAACUUGAAGAGGGGCAGUGUGGUGUAAUGGUUAGAGUACUGGACCAGGAGACCAAGGUUCAAUCGCUGAAGCUUGUUGAGUCACUGCCUUCACAGCCUAACCUACCUUGCAGGAUGGUUGUGGAGGUUUAAUGGAGAGGGAGGAGAACCGUGUAGCACCACCUUGAGCUCCUUGGGGGAUAAAUGGCCUAUACAUCCGUAAUAAUAAUAGAUAUAAUAUUUGUUAUUAUUUCAUGAAGCCACGCACAUGAUCCCCAUCUUAUGCCUCUGAAAAUUAUUCGGAAACUUCAGCUAGUGCAGAAUUCAGAGCCAUUUGCUCACCAGAGCAAGACGAUUUGAGCAUCUUACACCGAUUCUGGUCCGACUGCACUGGCUACCAAUCAGUUUUCGGGCUCAAUUCAAAGUGCUGGGUUUGACCUAUAAAUACCUCAAGGACCGCCUCUUUCCAUAUGAACCUACCCGGAUCCGGAGAUCAUCUUCUGAGGCCCACCUUCAUGUGCCUCCUCCUUGAGAGCUCCGGAGCGUGGCAACACGAGAACGGGGCCUUGUCCUAGUGGCUCCCCGUCUGUGGAAUGCUCUCCCCAGGGAAGUUCGCCUGGCGCCUUUGUUAUACACCUUUAGGCGCCAGGCAAAAAUGUCCCUUUUCAACCAGGCUCUUGGCUGACCUGUAUGACAUCCUAUGCCCUUUUAAAAUGGGGUGUGUGUGUGUUAUUGAGUUGUUGUUUUUAUUUUGAUUAUCUAUUUUUUGGUUUUAUAUUUUGAUUUUAUUCUGUGAACUGCCCUGAGACCUCCGGGAAUAGGGCAGUAUAUUAAUAAUAAUAAUAAUAAUAAUGUCCAUAGGUAAGCAUUGCAGUCCCACCUCCCUCCUCCUUCGCUGUUCUGGAAUUGUGUGUUUCCUCGUCUGUGUUUGUCUCUUUCUCUUCCCCUUUCCAGGCUCCUGUUUCUCUCAAGCACUCAAUGGUCUCUGUUCUUCUCCCAGGCUGAAUCUGCGGGAGUUGGGACCCUGGGCUUCCCACAUGCGCUGGAUCAUUUGGAUCAUGGCCUCCGUCGGGACCAUCUACGUUUUCUUUUUCCAUGAACGGUGAGUCGAAACCUCGCUAUGCCCCGAGGGCGCUGAGUGCCGACAAGAAGGGCGGAGGCACAGUGACAGGGCAGAAGUCGUUUGCAUGCAGAAGGUCCCAGGUUUCUUCGAGCAGUGCGGAGUUAGUCUGUGGAACUGCUUCCCACAUGAGGCAAUGAUGGCCACCAUUUUAGAUGGCUUUAAAAGAAGAUUCAUGGGUUAGGCUAUUGAUGGCUACCAACAAGGCAGCAAUGCUUCUGAAUAAUAAUAAUAAUAAUAAUAAUAAUAAUAAUAAUAAUUUUUAUUUAUAUCCCACCCUCCCCAGCCAGAACCGGGCUCAGGGUGGCUAACAUCAAAAUAUAUUAAGACAUAAAAUUCAAUGAUCGACUAAAAUACAGCUUAAAAUCAGAUUGAAAGCAAAAAAGAUACCUUUUUAUAUAUUCAUUUAAUAUUGUGACAAUGGAGAUGAAUGAAAUCCAAAUAGGAAAAAAGUAUAAAUGCUAUGACGCAGAAUGGGAUUAUGGUAACCAUGAAGCAGGAGGGAGGGAAGUCGAUUAGCUCAUAGGUGCAAAGACCCAUGAGUUAAAAUAAGGUUGUGCUUUAACUAUGUAAAAUGGAAACCUAAUAAAAAAUAUUACAAAAAAAGGAAAACCUCCAGAUGUUGUUAGACUACAGUUCUCCAUGCUCUAUUGCCCUGCCCCCUUGGCUACUUGGAAGAGUAGGGCCAACUCGGCCUCAGGCCCUCCUACUCGGGAGUGUUAACUUGGACAAAAAACAAGGACACCAGCAAGGAAUAACAGAGCAAAAGAGCAGCCAGUAGGCUUGGUCUCUGUCGCGACAGGACUCCCACCUGCCACCAGGUGGAACAAGAUGGAAGCCCCAAACAAAAGAGCCCCCAAACUUUUAUUAGCUGUUAAUCCCCAUGUUACACCCUCCCCCCAAACUACAUCACUCAUACACUCACAGUUACAUCAUGAAAGGGGAGGUCUGGUGGCAGGAAUCUGAGCAUCCUGGACCCUGCCCCAUGGUUCCCCUUGCCCUCCACCAAACACCCAUCAAGUGGAACAAAAGAGAUCUUACAUUUCCCUGUUUCCCAGCCAAGUUAAUCACACCCUUUUGUCUUCAUCUGGGUUUGUGAUUUCUGGAAUGGCUACCUGUCUGGCACUCAGGUAUCAGGAUGCCAGGGAUUAUCACUCAGGCAGAGGGGCUGCUGAGUAGCUGAGCUCACAUGUCUAUAUGAAUUUCUGAAGUUUUCCCAGUGAGCCAGUACACAGAUACAUUGAUCAGCAAAUUAUUACAUUUGGUAUCGUGCAGCAAAGUCCCUUUGAAUAGAUAGGAAGAAACUGUGAUGAAGUGUUUUGUGGGGACAAGUCACAAAAGUCACAAAAGUGACUGUGCUGAUGUUAGCAGUGGGCUGCAUGUGCAUGAUAUCUGAUGGAGGGCCAACCUGCCCCCCCCAACCUGUACAUAAAUUCCUGCAACUGUUGCACACCCUGCAACAUUUCUCUGGUGAAAAUAGGGACGCCCUAAACAAAAGCGGGACAUUCCAGAAUCAAAUCAGAAACAGCUUCUGUACAUCUGGGACCGUCCCUGGAAAAUAGGGACACUUGCUGGGCCUGUUAUUAUAUAAGCAAAUAAUAAUAAUAAAUUGUGAAACAGCAAACAUGUAAGUGUUUCGGAAUACCUUUUCACAUUCAGCUGAAAACUAAUACUAGCUGAAAAGCAGAGUUAAGCUCUGGGUAAAUCUGGUGUCACCGGUCAGUAGGACUGUACUAUAGUCCCUACCCCACAAAUGAAGGAACUAGCAAUCUAACAAGGCAAACCAUGUGUCGCUAAGCCCUUACGAUGAUCUACGGCUGGCGCAAAGUUGGCUUAGAAUCAUAGAAUAGAAUCAUAGAAUCAUAGAGUUGGAAGAGACCACAAGGGCCAUCGAGUCCAACUCCCUGCCAAGCAGGAAACACCAUCAGAGCACUCCUGACAUAUGGUUGUCAAGCCUCUGCUUAAAGACCUCCAAAGAAGGAGACUCCACCACACUCCUUGGCAGCAAAUUCCACUGUUGAACAGCUCUUACUGUCAGGAAGUUCUUCCUAAUGUUUAGGUGGAAUCUUCUUUCUUGUAGUUUGGCUCCAUUGCUCCGUGUCCGCUUCUCUGGAGCAGCAGAAAACAACCUUUCUCCCUCCUCUAUGUGACAUCCUUUUAUAUAUUUGAACAUGACUAUCAUAUCACCCCUUAACCUCCUCUUCUCCAGGCUAAACAUGCCCAGCUCCCUUAGCCGUUCCUCAUAAGGCAUCGUUUCCAGGCUUACAGCACCCCCUCGUGGAACGAAAUACUUUUCGCAAGCCCAGAUUUUUGUCCCUUGUGUACGCCUUCUGUUUUUAAUUGUGGGGAAAUGAUGGAAAGUUGAACCCGGAUUUCUCGUAAACGAAUCCAGCCUGCCCGGUACUUCAUUUGCAUCUCAAAAGAAGUUGCUUUCCUUUCUUCCAGAUACAAGUUGGUGGAGCUGGUGUGCUACGUCAUCAUGGGGUUCCUUCCUGCAGUGGUCAUUCUCUCCAUGGUACGUUACCUGGGAUAGAGUGCAGUGCACUGAUUUUGCACUUACGGUCCUGUCCUUGCAUUUCAAGUGGGGCAGGGGGGAUAACAAUAUUAUUAUAAUAAUAAAUUAUUAUUUAUACCACGCCCACCCGGCUGGGUUUCCCCAGCCACUCUGGGCGGCUUCCAACCAAAAAUUAAAAAUACAUUAAAACAUCAGUCAUUAAAAACUUCCCUAAACACCUUUAGGUGUCUUCUAAACAUCAGAUAGUUGUUUAUUUAUUUCUCCACUACUGUCUCCACUACUGGCCAAAAUUCAAUUCAGCGCUCUUACAUAGAACAUGAGGAAAUAGAUAAAGCAAAUGAUUCAGCAUUAAAAUACAAUAAUUCACCAAAUAUUAAAAGCUUCCCUAAAGAGGGCUGCCUUCAGAUGUCUUCUAAAAGUCAGAUAGUUGUUUAUCUCCUUGACAUCUGGUGGGAGGGGGUUCCACAGGGCGGGCGCCACCACCAAGAAGGCCCUCUGCCUGGUUCCCUGUAACCUCGCUUCUUGCAGGCAGGGAACCACAAGAAGGCUCUCGGCGCUGGACCUCAGUGUCCAGGCGGAACGAUGGGGGUGGAGACGCUCCUUCAGGUCUUCUGGAUCGAAGCCAUUUAGGGCUUUCAAGGUCAGCACCAACACUUUGAAUUGUGCUUGGAAACGUAGGGAGCAUGGCACGAUAUAAACACAUUAAAUGAAUAAGAUUCACGUUACAUGAGGCUGAGAUGCCUGCGUUUUUCCUCGUAACGUCUAGCACCCAGCGAAGGUGCUCAGAGGUGCUUGUGCCCAGGGGUGGACUGUUCUGUUUUGCCACCUGAGGCAAAAUGGGAAAGUGCCAGCCCAUGACAAGAUCUCAUAAGAGUUCCCCAAAAUUUCAUGGGGUUCUCGCGGGAUCUUGCCUGAACCCAGAAGCAGCCGCCACUUCUCAUUUCUCCAUACCCUUCAACGUUUAUCUGAUGAAAAUAGGGAUGUCCUAUUCCAUAAUAAUAAUAAUAAUAAUAAUAUUUAUACCCUGCCCAUCUGACUGGGUUGUCCCAGUGAGUCUGGGAGGCUGCCAACAUACAGUCGUACCUCGGAAGUCGAACGGACUCCAUUCCAGGAGUCCGUUCAACUUCCAAAACAUUCGGAAAGCAGAGCAUGGCUUCUGAUUGGAAGCUGCGGAAGUCCCGUCAGACAUUUGGCUUCCAAAAAUAGUUCACAAACUGGAACAGUCACUUCCGGGUUUGCUGCGUCCGGGAGCCAAAACCUUUGAGAACUAAGCAGUUCGAAAACCAAGGUACGACUGUAUAUAAAAACAUAAUAAAACAUGAAGCAUUUAAAAAACCUUCCCUAUACAGAGCUGCCUUCAGAUGUCUUCUAAAGGCCGUGACUUAUUUCCUUUACUUUGGGGGGGGGGGUCACAUAACGCCAUACCCUGUGAUGAAAAUAGGGACAUCCUAAGGAAAAGUGGGACAUUCUGGGAUCAAAUCAGAAACCGGGACAGCCUCUGUAAAUCUGGGACAGUCCCUGGAAAAUAGGGAUGCUUAAUAAUAAUAAUAAUAAUAAUAAUAAUAAUAAUAAUAUAUUAUUUAUACCCUGCCCCUCUGGCUGGGUUUCCCCAGGCACUCUGGGCGGCUUCCAACUGAAUAUUAAAAACAAUACAGCAUCGGACAUUAAAAACUUCCCUAAAUAAUAAUUAUUAUUUAGGAGGGGCUCGUGGCUGUGCUCCCUGGAUUCCGCCACCUGAUCACUGACCGCUGGCCUUUCUUUCCGCUUGCCUGUUGCAGCCCAACACGGACGGCCUUUCAGAGCUGGUGACUGGUGGCUUUUUCUACUGCUUGGGCACUGUCUUCUUCAAGAGCGACGGGCGCAUCCCCUUCGCCCAUGCCAUCUGGCACCUCUUCGUGGCGCUGGGAGCUGGCACCCACUAUUACGCCAUCUGGAGGUACCUCUAUCAGCCGGGCGAUGUCGAGGCAGAAACCUCCAGGUAGACAGGUGCCUUAAGGAGGAGGAUUUGGAGGCGCCAGGGAUUUUGGGGAGCCUUCCAACAGACUCUCGUCCUUCGGUUCGCCCUUGGGAGACAUGGACCCUGUGUUGAUUCCUCCUUCUCCUGAUGGGAAAUGGUGGUCUUUAGUAUUAUUUCCUUGGCCAAACUUGCCCAAGCCCCAAGGGUUUUUUUUUCUAUUCUUAUUUUUAUAAAUCAGUGUUUUUAGGCAAGGGUUUUGUAAUGAAGCGAACAAUUAAUGGAUAUUCUUGAAAAGAUAAGGGGGGAGGGAGAUAAACAGGCCUCUGGAGGAACUUGGAAGUGUCUGCCCUUGUGAUCCUAAGUGUUCGUUGACACAAACUGGUAGCAAGGAAACCGAAUCGGAAGCUGACAGGAGAUUUACAUGAAUAGAGGGCCCAUCAUAAUUGACUAGUUGCAUUCUCAUUUCCUAAAAACACACAAAAAUCUGCCCCUCCCUUUCUGGCUGCAAUUGGCUUAGCUGCUGUGAUGUCACAGCAUGGACAAUCAAGAGCCAGACAGUCAAAUGCUUAGGCUAGUUUUUUGGAGGCCACAGAAUCUGAAUCGCCAACUUUUGUCUGGACGUUGCAGACAUUGAAAUGACAUCUUCAGCUGAGCCGUUUCCACAUCUUUCGAUGGAAACAGGAAUGUUUGCCUUGGCGACUCCUGAAUGUGACAAGAAUCUCUUGCCCAUCAGUUGCAGCAUGCAGUCAUGAAUACAUGGCCUAUUGGUUCCCGCAGUGUCCUAAAAGGCUAAACUUGCUUCUAAUAGGCAGGAGAUGAAAUGAUAUGCCCUUUUGGAUUGCAUGAACUCAGGCGACAGGACCAUUUGAAAAAGCCGUCUGUACAUAGAAAACGGGUUUGUCAGGAGGAAAAGUGCUGUGCCUGGCUUUCUCCUUGACAGAUUUUGUUUCUAUGUGCAGGGAUAUGGAAGAACAUUCCAUCAUUGGAAGCAGCAGAGCCCUGACCCGCUUCCCACCACUAUGAAAACUAAGCCUUAGAGUUAACAUUUUACAAAAAUGAAAAAGGCAUCAUUCUAUAUAGCCUUCGUGGUCAAAGAGGUCAGGGUCUUUAGCCUAGUGGCAAGAGCACCUGAAUUCGGGCGCAGAGGGUCCCUGGCUCAGUUCUCUGGUUCAAUCUCCAGUUAGAAAAAGGCUACCAGCUGAUGGGAAGGACAGCCAGACUGGGAAAUACUGGGGCAGAUGAACUGAGAGUCCAAUGAGAUAGUCCUUUGGGGUAGCAGGAGCGAUUUCUACAAAAGGCUGUCUGGGAUAGAAGCAGAACUUCCCAGGACUUUAACCCUGCAAAGACUGAAACUGAGAAACUGAGUUUCAGGUAGGUAGCCGUGUUGGUCUGACGGAGUCAAAAUAAAAAAAAUAAAAUAAAAACAUUGUCCAGUAGCACCUUAGAGACCAACUAAGUUUGUUCCGGGUAUAAGCUUUCGUGUGCAUGCACACUUCUUCACAAAUUGAGGGUUUGGCUUGGCAGCUGUUAAAAGCACCAGCACUGUGCCGUUAGUUCCCACCAGCCAAAGUUAUACUGGGAUCUUGAAGCCAUCAAAUCUUAGACGCUCUUGCCAUUCCUUUCGUUCCACAAUUCCUUGUGGAAGAGCUAACAGAAUAUCUGGCAGGCAAAGAAAGAAAGAAAGAAAGAAAGAAAGAAAGAAAGAAAGAGACUUAACGCAUUUUAGAGCACUUUUGUGCUGCUCACUUUAAGGUACUUUGAAUCAAGC